AUGUCUAUUGUAAUAAUUGGAUAAGUGGGAAAUGGAAAAACAUCAUUCUUUAAUUUGAUCAAAAAUCCAGUCACAACGAAUGAAAUUAUGAGGAAAUCCUACUUCCGAGCACUAGAUCCUUUUGUUAAACUAAAUUUUCCUUCAUUUGAAGAGCUAGAAGAAGAAAUAUCAUAGCUAAUUAAGGAUAUGUCAAAACAAUGCAACCUUUAAACCGAUUAGGAUAAAAUGAAUUAAAUGAAGUCUUAAGCGUAUUGGAGAAAAAAAUUUGUAAAUAGGUCGCUGACUAAGAAAAACUUAUCAGGAGCGGACUAUACAUAAUUGGAUUAACAAAAAUGUGAGUUUUAAAAGAAAUUGAAAGAAUAACAUCUUAAGAAACAACUUGAUAUAUAUUUUAUAGCUUAAUUAAUUUCUUGGAUAACAUUAUAAAUUUAUUAUGAGAAUUAUUUUAAUUGA